UCUUGUUUCUAACUUACAUUACUUUCUACGUCUGUAUCUCUCUCUGUAUCUAUCUGUAUCUAUUCACAACACGACAAGGAGAUUCCGCUUUGAAUUUUGCUCCCCAAAACGCUUUUCCCUUCCCUUCCCAUAUGUUCAUCAUGCUUUGAAUUUCAACAUUCAUUUCUCCGUUCCUUCAAUUUCGCCAUUCAUAUAAUCUCCCGAAUUGGGGAUUUUUUGAUUUUGUGUUCUUCCUGUUCUUUGAUUCGAUUUUACUGAAAUUGGGGAAAUUUCUAGGGUUUUGGUUGUCAAUUGUUCAAUUUCAAUGGAGUUAUCGUGUUCGCCGCCGCUCUCGGUUAAUUCCGCCCUGAAUUCCGGCAUACGACGCCGUUUUAUCGUCCCCGACGCCCACCGCCGGUGCCAUAGAUCGGUUGCGUUUUCCCCAAAUUGGUUCCCCUCCACAACGCCGCCGCCGCCGACCACCGGUUGCUGCACAAGCGCCGCCGCUAGCUCCAGCGCCUCUACGUCGUCGUUUUUCGGGAAUUCGAUUGCUCGGAGUUCGAAUCGGAGGAGUUCCUUCGCCGUUAAGAAAUCGAGGCGGAGCUUCUUCGUGGUUUCUGGAAUCUUCGAGAGAUUCACGGAGAGAGCGAUCAGAGCGGUUAUGUUCUCGCAGAGGGAGGCGAAGGCGUUGGGGAACGACGCCGUGUCGACGCAGCACCUCCUGCUAGGGCUGGUGGCGGAGGAACGCGCCGCCGACGGUUUUUUGGGAUCCGGAGUGACGAUCGAGGCUGCGCGUGAAGCUGUCCGGAGUUUGUGGCCGGAGGUUAUUGGGAGCGGCGGAGAUGGUGGAAUUGUGCAGCAAUCGGAGAGCUCGGCGACGGACGUGCCGUUCUCGUCGAGCACGAAGCGCGUGUUCGAGGCGGCGGUGGAAUAUUCUAGAACCAUGGGGUACAAUUACAUAGCGCCGGAGCAUAUCGCCAUUGGCCUCUUCACCGUCGACGACGGCGGCGCUAAUCGCGUCUUCAAAAGAUUAGGGGUGAAUGUCAAUCACUUGGUGGACGAGGCGGUUUCUCGGCUGCAAGGCGAGCUUGCGAAAGAGGGAAGGGGACCGUCUUCGACAUCAUUCAAAAGGUCUCGAGAAAGCCUCUCUCCCGAGGUUGCUCAUGCUGGAUCUCCCGAGAAGGCGAAAAAUCAAACUGCUCUCCACCUAUUCUGCGUGGAUCUCACUGCACGCGCUAGCAAAGGUUCGAUUGAUCCUGUAAUUGGCCGCGAAACUGAAGUGCAAAGGGUUGUUGAAAUUCUUUGUCGAAGAACGAAAUGUAACCCGAUACUUCUUGGCGAAGCUGGGGUGGGAAAGACGGCGAUUGCGGAGGGCUUGGCUAUAAGUCUCGCCGAGGGAAAUGUUCCCCAUUUUCUUAUGAACAAGCGCAUAUUGUCGUUGGACGUUGGGUUACUGAUAGCAGGCGCGAAGGAGAGGGGCGAGCUGGAAGAUCGUGUGACGACGAUAAUAAAGGAGAUCAAGAAGUCGGGAAACAUAAUCCUCUUCAUCGAUGAAGUCCACACGCUUAUCGGUUCCGGCACAGUCGGGCGCGGGAAUAAGGGGUCCGGUUUGGACAUAGCCAAUCUAUUGAAGCCGGCGCUCGGACGGGGCGAAUUGCAGUGUAUUGCAUCGACGACUAUGGAUGAAUUCCGGUUGCAUUUCGAGAAGGAUAAAGCAUUGGCCCGAAGGUUUCAACCCGUCUUGAUUAAUGAACCGAGCGAGGAAGAUGCAGUUCACAUACUUUUGGGCUUGCGGGAGAAGUACGAAGCUCAUCACAAAUGCGUAUACACUUUGGAGGCAAUAAACGCUGCAGUGCAGCUUUCGGCGAGAUAUAUCCCCGACAGGUACCUUCCGGAUAAAGCUAUCGAUCUUGUAGACGAGGCUGGGAGUCGAGCUUGUAUGGAAGCGUCGAAGAAGAAGAAAGAGCAGCAAAUAUCGGUACUUUCGAAGCCCCCGAGCGACUAUUGGCGAGAAAUUCGAGCUGCGCAGGCCAGGCAUCAGGCGUCGUCGACUACGCAACUUUCUGAGAACGAUGGAAAAUUUGAUUUUGAUCCGACCUCGUUGUCGAACGAUGAGCCAAUGGUGGUCGGGCCGGACGACAUAGCAGCCGUUGCGUCGUUGUGGUCGGGAAUCCCGGUGAAGAAACUCACGGCCGACGAGAGAAUGCUUCUCGUCGGGCUCGACGAACAGCUGAAGAAACGGGUCGUAGGUCAAGACGAGGCGGUCGCUGCCAUUUCACGGGCUGUGAAGAGAUCCCGCGUCGGGCUGAAGGAUCCCGACAGACCGAUCGCCGCAAUGCUCUUCUGCGGCCCGACCGGCGUCGGGAAAACCGAACUCACGAAAGCUCUAGCGGCGAGCUACUUCGGUUCUGAGUCCGCGAUGCUUCGAUUGGACAUGAGCGAGUACAUGGAGCGACACACGGUGAGCAAGCUGAUCGGAUCGCCCCCGGGUUACGUCGGCUACGGCGAAGGAGGCGCUCUUACGGAAGCCAUCAGAAAACGGCCUUUCACCGUCGUGCUGCUCGACGAAAUCGAGAAGGCGCACCCGGACAUUUUCAACAUUCUCUUACAGUUAUUCGAAGACGGCCAUUUAACCGAUUCGCAGGGUCGAAGAGUGUCGUUCAAGAACGCCUUAAUAGUAAUGACCUCCAACAUCGGCUCCGCCGCCAUCGCAAAGGGCCGAGGGAGCUCCUUCGGGUUUUUCACCGACGAGGACGAGUCGACGUCGUCGUACGCCGGAAUGAAAGCUUUGUUGAUGGAAGAGCUCAAAGGUUACUUCCGGCCGGAAUUACUCAACCGGAUCGACGAAGUAGUCGUGUUUCGCCCUCUCGAGAAGCCUCAGAUGCUUGAAAUAUUGAACAUCAUGCUCCGGGAGGUGAAAGAUCGUCUCGCCUCGUUAGGGAUGGGUCUCGAGGUUUCCGAAUCCGUAAUGGACCUCAUAUGCGAGCAAGGUUACGACCGGAGCUACGGCGCCCGUCCUCUCCGGAGGGCGGUUACCCUCAUCGUCGAAGACCCGGUAAGCGAAUCUUUACUUUCCGGCGCGUUCAAACCCGGUGACGUCGCCGUAAUUCAGCUCGACGAAACCGGGAACCCGAUCGUCACCAACGGAUCGACCCCGAAAAUCCAAUUGUCCGAUACAGCCUCCAACUUCUAAGGGCUACAACAUCAAAGAUUGUUAGAAGUUUUCUGUACAGAACACGCUGUAUUUAUAUUGAUUAUUCAUUCGAAGAAUACCUACACUGUAUUUAUAUUGAUUAUUCAUUUGAUCGAACAUUCGAAGAUACCUACGAUAAACAACAGAUUACCUCGGAUUCAAAUUUUAAGUCGAUUAGUAGGAUUGCUUACCA